AGUGUAUGCUACACAGCACAGGGCAGCGCAACAGUAUCUUGUCAUCUACGUUACUGUGAGCAGAGUGAGUUAAAGCAGAGAUGGCAGACAAAAUGAAAGCAGCAGCAGCUGCUUUAAAAGCACAAGGCACGACCGCAUUUUCGCAGCAAAACUACGCCAGCGCGUUAGAGCUCUACACGCAGGCCGCGGACCUGGAUCCAACGGACCCGGUGUAUUUCUCCAACAUGGCGCUGUGCGAGAUCAAGCUUGAGAAAUGGGAGGACGCGGAGAAGCAUGCGGAUUUUGGGCUGCUGGCGGCGUGCGGGAGUACGUAUGCGGACAAGGCGGUCGCGAGUCGGCAUAAGCUUGGGGCGAAGUUGUUGUGGAGACGGGGUGUUGCGAGGAGGAAGUUGGGGUCGUUGAGCGAGGCUAGGACAGAUCUGGAAUCAGCGCUGAAACUCGAGCCGAACAACAAGUCAGUCAGUGAGGAAUUGAACGCUCUGGCAUGGGACGAAAAGCGCGGCAAGCGAAAGACCAAUUCUACAGCAUCAGUUAAGACGACGACGCCGGCUACACAGCCAAAGAACGGUUCAAGAUCUAGCUAUCCCGGACAAUCAUCUCGGAUAGAAGAGAUCACGGAGGAGGCUGUUGUGGAGAAGAAAGAUGGACUGAGAGAGAUUGCGGUGAAAAAAGUUGAUACAUUGCCGAAGGAGUUUGCAGAGAUACUGUUGAAGAGUAAGGAACUGAAGACUACGGCGCCGACGCCUGCCAUAGCCAGCAGCGCGAAGGCCACGAACGCGAACGUUACGAACGCGAACGUGUCGACUGUCAAGGAGAAGGAGGCAGAGGUCUCGAAAAAUACGCCUUCGACUACAGAGAGAACUCUUCCGUUCGAGUGUACGAUCCAGCAAGUUGUUAUUUCAAAGGCGUACCCAGCAACGCUCAGUCUCUACGAACUGACACAUCUCCUACGGCGACCCGCGUCAGAGCGGGCGCAAGUGCUCGCGUACUUGUUUUACCGGAUCCCGCCCGCUAGUCUGAAAGCUAUUUUCGGGCGGGGCGGAAUCGAAGGCCACUUCAUCGAGGCAUUUCUGAGCGCGAUCGAAUAUGCUAGUAUCUCGGCCCUAGGCGCGCGCGCAGAGCAGGAGGAGAAGAAAUCGGUGGUGCUGAAGAGUGUUGAGAUCCUGCGCGGGAUGAUUGCCUGCGGGAGGUUUUCGAUCGCAAAAGUGUUUAUAAACGGCAGGUUGACAAAGUCCGCGUUCGAGGUGCUGAAGGGGUUGGCGCGCGAGGGUGGGCUGGAAAAAGAAGCCGAGCAGACGGUGGGAGUGUGGGAGAAGACGUGAAUGGAAGUAGCUGGAAGAAAUUUUUUUGGGUCGUGAUCUUCGGAUCAGCGGCGCUGUACUGUAAAUAGGAGCAAGAAGCAGAAAAUAACGCGCAUCAGGGACGGAGUUUGUGAUUUAUGCGAUUUAGAGCGAGUAAAAGUGAUUUCUUGGGAGCAGGAGAGGAAUGAAGGCUUGAUGGUUGAUAGCUAUAGAAUUAUAAUAACCUGUGGUUAAGGAACGACAGAGGUAAUAAGAAUAGAAACUCCACAUAAGAAUAAGAAUAGGAAUAAUAAGAAAAAAAUAGGAAAUAAUAUACAAACCAAAAGAUAUUAAAAAUUGAUAGAACUUUU